GUCACUUCCGCCACGCGACUAGUCUCCCCGUCGUCAUGGCGGCUGAGAGCGCCGUUGCCAUGGCGACCGGCAAACACGCGGAGCCGGGCUGCGGAGGCGGCGGCAGUAGCAGAGAUGCCGAGCAGUGUGUGUUCGUUGGGCAGCUCGUCCAACGCUUCCUCAGCCAGAUCCAGGUCUCAUUCUCGCACCCGUUACCGGACCAAGGCUGCAAGUUCGGAAGUCGACGAGAGCCUCUUUGGGCUUUCCAAGAACGUGCAACUUUCCCGCCCUGGCAGCCCCGUUGUGAUCCUUCACGAUGCAGGUUCAGCAAGAGGGAAGCCCCUGGGAUGGGGACGCAAGCCCGAGACCAUCCGGCUUAUUACUCGAGACCUCAUUCGGGACCUGGUCGUCCCCACGGUGGAUCCCUCAGGAGAAUCUCUGAUCAUCAGCCCUGAGGAUUUUCGGCGGAUUAAGGAAUCCUCUCGAGUCCUGACGAAGGAGGAACAGGAGGCCCAGCAAGCGGUUGCCAGGGCAGAGCGAGAAGCCACCAUUGUGGCCGUGAACGAGCGGAAGAAAUCCAUGAAGCUGAAGGAGAUCCUACGGAAGAAAAACGAGAAGCUCAACGACCUGGAAGAGGAGGCCAAGAAACGAGCUCAGUACCUCUUAGACCGGGCGAACAACCUCCGGAUGGAGCAGGAAGACGAGAUCAAAACGCUCGGCGAGAUUAUCCUCGAAGCCAAGUGCCACGCCAUCCGGGAUGCUCAAAUCCUGGAGAAGAAGCAGAUCGACAAGGAGAUGAGUGGGGAGGAGAUGAGAGUAGACCACCUGAUGGAGGUCGAGAGGCAGAAGGCCAACCAGAUGCAGGAUGAACUGGAACGGAAGAGGAAAGAAGAACUGUACAGGGGAAGGCGCCACCUCAUCGAGCAGAUCGAGAAGAACGAGGAAAUGCGAGCGAUGAAGGCUGAGCAACGUGACCAAGAGGCCCAGGACAUGCUGGAGUACCUGGAACGGCUGCAGUUUGAAGAUGAGAGGGAAAUGGAACGCCGUAGGUUGGAACGUUCGAGGAUCCAGGCCGAGAUCCGGAACAUCAACGACGAAAACCAGAGACGCAAAGAGGAGAAGCUGAACCAGGAGAGGAUGGCCGACAUGCGGGUGUUGGAGUACCAGCGACAGAAAAUGGCACGGGAAGCCGAAUUCGAGGCCGAGCAGGAGAAGACCCGCCGGGAGAAGGAAAUGGAGACAGCCCGUCUGCGGGCCCUACAGGAAAAAGCCCAGGAUCACCAAGCGGAACAGCACGCCCUGAGGGCCAAGCGCAACCAGGAGGCCACCGAGCGCGAGUGGCGGCGGAAGGAGAAGGACGCCGUGCAGAAGAAGCUGCAGACGGAAGCCAUGUUGAAACAGAGCCGGUUGGAGCAGGUGGCACAGAAGGAGCACAGUUUGGCCAUCCAAGUGCAGCGCGACCGGGCAGAAUUCGAAAGGAUUGUCAGGAUCCAGCGGGAGCAGAUCGAGAAGGAGCGAAAGGAGCACGAGCGCCGGGUGGCCCUCCAGAUGACCCACGCGGAUGAGCUCCGGCGCCAGGUGCGGGAACACCAGCAAAAGCAGGUGCAGGAGCGCAUCGCCAUCUUCGAAGAGGGCAAGCGCCUGAAGGAGGAGGCCCGACGGCGGAGCGACCGCCUGAACGAGAUCAAGAGAAGGAAGCUGGACGAGCUGCGGGCCGCCGGGCUGCCUGAGAAAUACUGUAUGCAGGUGGAACGCAAAGCUUUCGUUCAGUCCAUCCACUGAGCCGCAGGGACGGUUUUUGACUAGUUAACCCUCAACGU